AUGUUUCCUUUACACCAAAGGGAUGAGCUGGUUUUUCAGAUCCCCUCUAAUAUUUCAAACCAACAACUGAAAAUCCAAGAAGAUCUGAUCAAGGGUCAAUCUUUACUGCAGGAGGGCAGUAGCCCUACCAACAGCGUGGGUAAAAGGCGGCGAAAACUAUUUCGUAUUGGAGAUGAUAGCACUGAGCAUGAUGACAAGCAGAAAAGAAUUACGAGGAAAGAGAUUGAAAAGCAAAGAAGGAAAGCAAUGGCUGACCUUUACGCGUCUCUUCGUUCACAACUCCCUGUUGAGUACAUCAAGGGAAAGCGUUCAAUAUCCGAUCACAUGCAUGGAGCUGUGAAUUAUAUAAAGCUCUUGCAGAAGAAGAUCAAUGAACUGAGUAUCACGCGAGAUAAGCUUAAGAUGUUGGACAAUUCAAGUGGUAUUGGUUCUGCAAGUGGAAGCUCAAAUAAUAAUUGUUUGCCUAAUAGUGUCAUGGUUAGCCCAUGCUUGGGUGGUCUGGAGAUUUUGAUCACUUGUGGCUCAAAUGAGGAUGUGUUUCCCCUAUCAAAAGUGCUUCAACUACUGCUUGAAGAAGGUCUUACUGUCAUUAGCUGUGUUUCCUCUAAAGCACAUGAAAGACUGUUUCACACAAUUCAGUCUGAGGUGAGCGAUCUGACGUGCAUUGAUCUAUCUGUGCUGCAGCAGAAACUGACUGAUUUGAUUAGCAUGGGUUAAAUUUCCAGUAACAAUUAGUCCAAUGGUAUAACAUCUCCUCUCUCCAAGGGGAGAUGAGGGUUCGAGCCCUGUAGUAGAAUUUUGUGAAAUGUGUCUGAGUACUCACCUAACCCAAAAAAAAGAAAAGAAAAAGCAUUGUACCUGUCCUUUGGAGACUAUCAUGUGUAUAA